CUUGAUCAUUCCAGUGGAGAUUUCCAACUUCUCAGAAAAAAACUUUCGGCAGCUUGCCCUGCGCCUGAACUUCGGAAGGGGACAACAAGUUGUCCGGAUUCCAGAACGUGUUCCUCUCGCCGUGACUCGUGAGUCUACAUAUUUAUGUAAGGCGCACAGGGUGGCCGAGGGUACCUCAAGGCUUCACCCCGUACAAUUCUAUCCAAUUCUCCUUGCAAAAUGUCUAUUCGAUCUUUUAUCCUCAUCAUCGUCCCUCAGAUCGUGGCUUUACUCUGCCUCUUUGUGUACAUGGCAAGUGCUGCCCCUCCGCACCAAAAAUCGAAGACUGACAACCGGAAAUCGAAGACCGACCACCGGAAAUCGAAUUCUACUACCUUGGUACUCCCGAAUGGGAAGGAAUCAGUCGCUAUUUACGGAAACCCUGCAGCUAUAACCGUGAGUGUUUGCUGGUGGGACCCAAACCUCUAUGAUUGUUGAAAGAUCUACCCGACUGUCUUCGGUGAAAGGCAAUUUCCUGGUAACCAGCGCACAAUCGAAAGAUAAUCAAUGUCUAUGAAUUGUGUAACGCGAUAUGUUUAUGGACGCUGAAAUUUAUAUUCCAAAUUUGUUCGUUU